AUGAUCCCAGAUAUCUACCGCCGCCAGGCCCGCAACCUAGCCUGGUAUGACGAGGAAGGCGAAGUAACCCACAACCCCUUCAAAAAAUUCAAGCGCCGCCCCCAACGCCGCCAAUCCAUCCAGCUCGAGGAAUCGCAACCUGGGGCCACCCGUGGCCUGGACGCUGAGGACAUUGCCGCCGCCGAGGCGGCCACUCGGGCCUACGAUGCCGCACAUCCUAACCCGAUCAACUCGUACGCGCGCGAGGGCCAGAGCGAGCCUCGGCGCCGGAAGCUGUUCGGGCUGGGUAAGAAGACCGAGCCAGAGGAUGAGGAGGAAGAGAAGUUUGGGGAGACUAAGCAGCGGUUUACGCUUGCGUCGCAGCUGCGGGCAACGGUUUUCAAUUCGUGGAUCAAUGUGUUGAUUUUGGCGGCGCCGGCUGGGAUUGCGCUCUAUGCGGUUGGGGCUAAUUCGGUGGCUAUCUUUGUGGUUAAUUUUAUUGCUAUUAUUCCGCUCGCUGCAAUGCUGAGUUAUGCGACUGAGGAGAUCGCUCUACGAACCGGUGAGACAAUUGGUGGUCUGCUUAACGCUAGUUUCGGCAAUGCUGUCGAACUCAUCGUCUCGAUCAUAGCUCUCGUCCAGGACGAGGUUCUCAUCGUGCAAACUUCCUUGAUUGGAAGUAUGCUGUCUAACCUGCUCCUGGUCAUGGGCAUGUGCUUCUUUUGCGGAGGCAUCAACCGCAUGGAACAGCACUUCAACGUCACAGUGGCACAGACAGCUGCCAGUCUGCUUGCUCUCGCAGUCGCGAGUUUGAUCAUCCCCACAGCCUUCCAUAACUGGUCAGAUGCCAAGCCCGCUGACCUUAUCAGCAAUACUGCCCAGCUGUCUCGAGGAACCAGUGUCCUUCUGCUCAUCGUCUACGGCGCCUACCUCUUUUUCCAACUGAAGUCACACACAGAGAUGUACAACCGCCCCAGCCCCAAGGUCGAAAAGCGGCGCCAGCACAUCGGUGAAGGUGACGCCAGCCGCGGCCUCGCCUCCAUCGGCAAGAUGACCGCCGGUGCUCUGGGCGCCCAGUCCGACCAGGUGCAGAUGCAGGAUCCCGACGACGAGCCCGAGCAACCGCAGCUGAGCGUCCUGUCCGCCAUCCUCACCCUGGUGAUUUCCACCGCGCUGGUCGGUGUCUGUGCCGAGUUCAUGGUUGACGCCAUCGACGACGUUACUGCCUCCGGCGCUAUCGGGAAGACCUUUGAUAAGAUGGAUCUCGCGAUCGGUGUUGCGGUGGGCUCAAGUAUGCAGAUUGCGUUGCUUGUUCUGCCGCUCGUGGUUGUUAUCGGGUGGUGUAUGGGCAAAGAUGACAUGACUCUCAACUUCGACGGAUUCCAGGUGAUUCUGCUCUUCGUGGCUGUUCUGCUGGUCAACUAUCUUAUUGGAGACGGCAAGUCUCAUUGGCUGGAGGGUGUUUUGCUCAUGACGAUGUAUCUGAUUAUCGCCGUUGCCGCAUGGUUCUUCUAA